ACCGCACAGUGUGUUGUGCGCGACCGAAUGGGUCGUAGUAUUUACGAACUAUGUCUUAUACCUCUGUGGUUUUACACGUUACGAUAACAUCGCAAAAAAAUCGUAUGAAUAUUUUAAAUGAGUUUAUAUAGUUAAUAAUACCUAAUAUUGGAAGUGUUAAAAAAAAAAUCAUAUACUUACCUAAACGAUUUCGGUUACAACAGAAUUUGAAUAAAAUGAUUUUAAAUUUCUUCAAGAUUUUUUGUUUCACUAUGGCAAUAAAAAAUUUUCCUGGACGAACACUAGGAGUAAAAUUGGGUGAAAUGUGUUUAUCUAAUCAAGAAUGUGACACAGGAUUUAGCAGAUGUCACCAGGAGUCUGGAAUUUGUUCUUGUUUACCAUACUACGCAAGAGUGAACAAUACAUGUUUACAAUCUACACUUUUAGGAUUUGAGUGUGUUGUGGAUGAGCAAUGUUCAUUGAAAGUAGCUAAUAGCAGAUGCCUUAAUAAUGUAUGCGAGUGCGAAUCGAAGUUUUGGCAGUAUCGAAGACAUACGUGUUUAUCUCCUGCCAAACUGGGAGAAGUGUGUUAUAGUGACACUCAUUGUGCACUGUCGGAUGAAAAUAACCGAUGCCAGUUCACUAUGCCUGGUGUGUUUGGAUUUUGUAUUUGUGAUCCUGCUUCCCCGGAUUGUGUAUACAAAGGACAAGAUUCGAUUUUGAUUAAACCUAAUAGUUCAGCAUUCAAAUACCCAUUUAGUAAACCAGAUGUGAAGAAAAAAUUUCCGUACCAAAAACGACCUUGGCAAACGGAUGAUCUGCGACACACAACGACUACCUCAACAAUUAAGCCAUUACGACCAAUCAAUAAACCACAAAUGCCUCCUCUAAAACGGCCCAUUAUAAAAACAAAUUUAACGAAUAAUGGUAUAAAAUCUACUGCCGUUCCGGUGACGAACACUCAGUCAUCUGUAAUUUCUCUCAACUACACAACAGUUGCAUCGAAGAACAUAACAUUUAAGCCUCAAUUUGCUACAGUGCCCACGCCAUCACCAAUAAAAAUUUACUUAAAAAGUCCAUUGAAAGAUUCACAAAAUAAAAGCCAAACAAUUGUUAACGACUCAUCUAUAAAAGUUCAUAAGAAACCAAUUAGUAAUACAGGUAUUAUGUUAAGGAAGGGAGACCCCAAACGACGCAUUAGUCUUGGAUUUCCGUGUGUUAGCGACGCACAGUGUAUGCGAAAUGAUGAAAACUCAAGAUGCCUACAUGGAAUUUGUGAUUGCCUACCAAACAAUAAGACAAUUGAUCAGUGUUCAGCGAAAACUCGAGGUUGCUUACAGAAUACAUUCCAAUGCCGAUCUAGUGGUAAAUGCAUUAGUUGGUUCUUUGUAUGCGAUGGCCGAACGGGUGACUGUGGGGAAGACGACAAUUCGGAUGAAGAAUGUUCGGGUAAUCAGCAAUGUCCGAGUACCACGUUUGCUUGUCGGUCUGGCAAAGGCCCCAGGAAUUUAUGCGUUUCUAGAUCAACGCGAUGCGAUGGUGUGAAAAAUUGUCCACUCGGGGAUGACGAAGAGGGCUGCAACGCCGUUGAACAUAAAGGGUGUCCGGCGUAUACGUUCCAGUGCGGCGACGGUCAGUGUCUACCCGAGUACGAGUUGUGCAACGCGGUGGUGACGUGCGCCGACAAAUCGGACGAGUUGGAAGGCCUGUGUGGCGGCGGCGGCUCACCGAUGACCGUCGGCAACCGGACAUCCGCCGCGCGUCCCCCGCAGCCGUUGACCCGGGUCCGCGGAGCCUACCGGCACAGCCCGGCCGAAUGCCCUUUCCGGUGUAGGAACGGCCGGUGCCGAUCGACCGCUGUUCUGUGUUCCGGUCGGGACGGAUGUGGCGACGGGUCGGACGAAUCGGGCUGUUCUGUUUGCAAAUGCCCUGCAGUUUCAUAAAAAUAUAUUGAAGUUCUUAUUUUGAGAAGAUUAUGGUAUUAACAGUUCUACCCCUACGAUGCUCAUCAGUACAUUCACUUCUACUUUAUGGCGUACCUAUACUAUAAUAUUAAGUAUACCUUUACAUAAUGGAAUACAACAAGUGUAAUUUUGUACAUAUAUUAUUAUAAUGUAUCUUUAUGUUUGAAACAAAAAAUAUUUGUAUUUUGUUUAUUAGA